AUGUCCUUUCCCAAUAACUUGUUAAGCCAAUCAACAUGGCGUCAAGUAGGACUCGGUCUCACGACGAUGAUCUUUGGCCUUGGAACCUUGGCCACUGUCUCGCCAACUACCGCCUCGAAGGGCCUCGGUGUCGUUCCUACCUCACCAGAAGGCUAUGAAAUCAACGAGAAGUCAAUGGUUUUUCUCGGUAUCCGUGACGUAGCCGCAGCUUUGACGUUGUUCUGGUUCUAUAGCGAACGCAAGGCUAAAGAGAUGGGUGCUUUGACGAUGGCCUCGGUUCUGGUAUGUGUUGCCGAUGCCUGGGUUGCAGCGUGGGGCCCAAACGGAUUCGGCAACAGGGUUUGGGGACUUUGCGGCGCUGGUCUUGCGAUGUUUUUCAUCAGAGCAGGAUUGUUUCAGUCCCAAUGA